AUGUCAUCAAUACUCAACAGGGUCCUAGACAAGGCCGCCACCCCGAACACCAACAAUAACAGCAAUAACAACGACAAUGCUUCGGCGGCGCCUGUGCGGUCUAGCAGGAAGGAGACGAGGGUACGAGGUGGUAAACAGAACGAGCUACCAAGCGGCGAUGGCGACAGUAGCAACAAUAUCAAGAAGAAUGCCACUGCCGCCACCACCACCGCCAAGAGCACUGCGGCAUCAUCGACAACAACCGUAACCGCAUCUCGGUCGAAAAAGAACCCUGGUGCCGCCUCCACCGUGACGAGCAUUGCAGAACGCCUCCCAAAGGGCAGUCGGGCCAAACCUUUACCACUAAAAUCCACAACACCAACCACAACAUCACCUUCCAUCUCGACUUCAAUUUACUCCGAACGCCAGCAACAGCCAACACAGACGGGUGAUAAGCUUUCGCAGGCGAUCAGUCUGUCGUCGUCAAUGCCUUCAAUUCCUUCACAGAUGGAACCCAUUGAUCUUGAUGAGGAUGGGGAUGAGCGUAUGCCCGAGAGUAGCCCCUUCUAUCUCAGCCUGGCCACUACCACCGAGGGCGACAGCACUAAUCGCCAUCCUAUUACUUCAAUGACAACAAAACAUACACAGCGACAACACCCAUAUACUACAAAGAAGGCGAUGGAGGAUGUGGAUCUGGACGACCUAAUGGAUCGAGCAGCCGGUGGAGGAGUGGCAGCGCCACAUGGCAUUGAUCUCAGAAAGAAGCAAGCAUCUGCUAUCUCAAUUGCCAGCUCCAAGGACGACCACGCGAGCAUUAUACCUUCGGUACAAGUCGAGAGAAUUGCCAAUUGGAUGGGAGGCGUUAAGGAGGCUAUGGAGGACGAUGAUACCCUCGAACUGGAUUCAGCCUUCCGACCUAGACAUCAACAAACGUCCACAUCUACUUCCACUGACGAGAACAACGCGUCGUCCGCUCAGGAGAAAUAUGUUGUCAAGGCGGAUACCGCAGAGGACACACCCGCUGCUGGGCCUCGUAAGCCAGCUCUCCGUCGACCACCGCCUGCUCCUUCACGACAUGUGGUCAAUCUUGUUGACGCGCCGCCGCCUCUCCCACCCCAAGAUCAAGCCCAGUCCAUCUUUGAGAUGGUUCCCUUGUCGCUGGAGGAGGAAGAGCCGUUACAGAGAAACUACCGAUCUGGCCAAAAGACAGCAGUUACAACAACAGCAACAGCCAAUCAGAGAUCAGGAUCCAAGGGGAAGCGCGUCUUUGUUGAGGACUCGCUAUCAUCAUUACCGCCUGUCCCUCUCUUUCACGAAGAGACGUCCAAUGUCAACGAGAGUGAUGCCCACAGUCGCAGGAGUGGAGGAGAGCCCUCAUCCUCGACUACCCCACUCAAGACUGCUGUUGUGAACCACAACCCUCCUCUCCAUCAUCAGGACGACCUGUCUACUAUUGUCGGUGGUCAGGCGCCCACUCAGGAUUCAUUUGUUGGAGGACCAGUUCAGUCUCUGCCGUCAUUUAUCUAUGAGACAGAAGAGGAGGCGGAAGCCAGGACUGGUGGCGGUGGCGGUGCCGAGGAAAGGGAACACGUUCAAAACGAUCCCUCCUUGCCCUCGGAGUUGACGGCAUCAUGUCUACAGGAGCUUGGACUGAAACGAAAGAACAUUCGCGGUAGGAGUUAUGGUGCUGGUGGGAAGAAGAGACAUCUCAAGAGUCGAGUUGGAUACGGAAUCAGGGGCAGCAACAUUGACAGAGUCCUAGAGGAAGGCGAUGAUGAGGACGACGAGGAGGAAGGGGACGAAGAAGAUGAGGAAGAGGAUGAUGGUGUUGGAGGAGUCGCCUUGGCCCAGAGAGUCGCGUUCCCGUCAAGUUUCGAUCUGGCGCCUAUGUCGACCUUAUCGAGCUCUGUGACACCUCCAUUGUCACUCGAAGUGAUUGAGGGGCCCUUUGCGACGUACACGCCGGCAGGACGAACCGCCGCUCGUGAGGACAAGGAGAACGAGUAUCCCUCCGGCGCUACCACUCGACAGCAACAGCAGCAGCAAAUUCGAGGAGACCCACCCUCGUUCCCUUCGCCGCCUGCGAGCUUGAUCUUUUCUACCAUGCCGUCUAUGCCGACGCUGCCGACGUUUCCGAGUAUGUUGUAUCAGGAGCCGUCAUUGAUCAUGAUUGAUAGCCAGUCACAGCAGACAGAGCAGAUGGAGGAACAGACACAGAGUCAAGAAGUGGAGGAUGAACUUGAUGAUUGA